AUGGCCCAUUGCAGGCUAGGCUUUCUGCUGCUGCUGAUCGUCCACCCUGGAUCCUCGAAGGCUCAGCACUGGUCCCAUGGCUGGUACCCUGGAGGAAAACAAGCUUCCAGCUCAGCCCAGCACCCCCAGCAUGCCCCAAGGCUCCUAGGAAGGGCCCUGGGCGCCGCAGCAAGCAGCCCAGACCAGACUGCCCUUGACCUCCCAAGCGAUGCCCUGGCUCCCCCCAAGAACAGGUGGGAGGGCAGAACCACAGGCUGGUGCCUCCACCGGAAGCAGCACCUGGUGCAGACACUGCUGCUGGCAGGGGGCGUCCGCCUGGCGACAGCAUCCUCCUCCACAAAACCAGGUCAAGAGGGGUGGGGGCGGACAAGGUCGCAGCCGGGCGGCCAGGUGACAAGGGCGUCCGCUGGAAUGACCAACCCCUACCCCCCGCAGACCGGACGUAGAGCGCCGCGCCCUGUCGCCCUCCAAUAA